AUGGCGGCGUUCGGCGGCAACGGGUACUGCUACUCGUCGGGUUCGGAGGACGAGGAGGAGGACGAGGAGGGGGCCGAGGGGUACCGGAAGGGCGGCUACCACGCCGCGCGCCCCGGGGACCGCUUCGCCGGCGGCAGGUUCGUCGCGCAGCGGAAGCUCGGCUGGGGCAACUUCUCCACCGUCUGGCUCGCCUACGACACCCUCCUCAGCAGAUUCGUGGCGCUCAAGAUCCAGAAGAGCGCGAGGGACUACGCGCACGCCGCGCUCCACGAGAUCGAGCUGCUGUCCGCGGCGGCCAAGGGCGACCCCACCAAUUCCAAGUGCGUCAUCCAGCUGCUGGACCAUUUCAAGCACGCCGGCCCCAACGGCAAGCACAUUUGCCUGGUCACCGAGUUCCUCGGCGACAGCCUGCUGCGGCUCAUACGGUACAACCGGAAUAAGGGCAUCGGGCUGAGCAGGGUGAGGGAGAUUUGCCGGUCGGUGCUGACCGGCCUCGAUUACAUGCACCGAGAGCUCGGCAUUAUCCACACCGAUUUGAAGCCGGAGAAUGUCCUCCUAGUGUCGACGAUAAACCCGUCCAAGGACCCGGUGCGCUCGAGGCUCACCCCGAUUCUCAAGAGGCCAGAGGGGAAUCAGUACCGCACGCCACCCAUCAGUUUCAGCGAGAAGAUGCUUAAGACGCGGGCGAGGCGCGCCGUGGCGAAGAUUCUGCAGAGGCGGGUGUCGCUCGGUGGGUUCACGGCAGACAUGGUUAAGGAGAGAAGCCUGGAUGGCAUUAGUAUGAAGUGCAAGAUUGUCGAUUUCGGGAAUGCCUGCUGGGCUGAUCAGCAGGGUGAUGGUGUGAUACAGACAAGGCAGUAUAGGGCACCCGAGGUUAUCAUCGGUUCUGGGUAUUCUUAUUCUGCUGAUAUGUGGUCGUUCGCUUGUAUGGCGUUUGAGCUUGCCACCGGUGACAUGCUGUUUGCUCCCAACACUUGCCAAGGUUGCAGUGAAGAUGAGGAUCACCUAGCUCUGAUGAUGGAAACUCUGGGAAAGAUGCCUAAGAAGAUUGCCACCUCAGGCACCCGUUCCAAGGAUUACUUCAACCGGUACGGAGACCUGAAGAGGGUCAAAAGAAUGAGGUUCUGGCCCCUCGAGCGCGUGCUAGUCGAGAGGUACAAUUUCACCGAGCCGGACGCCAAAGGGCUCGCCGACUUCCUCCGCCCGAUUCUUGAUUUUGAUCCGGAGAACAGGCCGACCGCCGCCGAGUGCCUGAAGCACGCAUGGCUCAACAACUGA